UUGUUUUCUAUCUGUAGGCUUAUCUUGUUGCUGACCUUAACCGCAUCAAUUGCGACAUGUGUAUAUAGAAUAAAAGUAUAUUCAUAUGUAUUCAUUGAACUAAAUUUUCAGCAGACUCUUUCUCGUUUCGGUUUCUGUGGGUAACACUAUUUGAGGAAGUCACCAUAAUGAUACACAUUAAGUGCAAGGACACAAACUUGGAACCAAUACCCGUUAAGAUUGGUAUAAUUGGUGGUAGCGGUCUUGAUGAUCCCGAUAUUUUAGAAAACCGUAAGGAAACCGAAGUCAAAACUCCAUUCGGCAAUCCUUCAGAUGUUUUGAUCGAGGGUGAGAUUGGAGGUGUGAAGUGCGUAUUAUUGGCACGUCAUGGCCGGAAACACAACAUUAUGCCAACUAAUGUAAAUUAUCGUGCCAACAUCUGGGCCAUGCGUCAAGUCGGUUGCACACAUUUGAUUGUAUCAACAGCAUGCGGUUCGCUGCGUGAAGACAUCAAGCCUGGUGAUUUGGUGGUACCAAAUGAUUUCAUUGAUCGCACCACAAAACGCGCACAAACAUUUUACGAUGGCGGUGCGGAAAGUCCGCGUGGUGUUUGUCAUUUAAGUAUGUUCCCAUCGUUCAGUGAACGCGUGCGCUCGCUGCUUGUUGCCACUGCCAAAGAGUUGGAUUACAAUGUGCAUGAUAAAGCAACGAUUGUAACAAUUGAAGGACCACGUUUCUCUUCACGUUCUGAAAGUAAUAUGUUCCGUCAAUGGGGUGGUGAUCUUAUUAAUAUGACGACAUGCCCCGAAGUUGUGCUGGCCAAAGAGGCGGGACUUUUAUAUGGUUCCAUUGCUAUUGCAACUGAUUACGAUUGUUGGCGCAUGGGUUGCGAGGGUGUAAAUGUGCAAGAUGUGCUAAAGACUUUCGCCGCAAAUGUUGUCAAAGUAAAGCACAUACUAAUGAAAGCUGUGCAGAAUAUAGCCAAAGAAGAUUGGACCGAAGACAUUUUAGAUGCCAAGGAAUGUGUUUGCAAGAACACAAUGUCUGGUGCAAUGUGACGCUUUUUACGAUUAAGCCAUGAAGUUACUAGUGAAAUCAUACAACGCCGACGUCCCCUAAUAUCCGGCUCAAAAUUAAACGAUACAAACAACAAAAUGGAUUUUCUGCCUAAAUUACAUUCUAUUUCAAUACUGUAUGACUUAGCUCCAGCCACGAAAAGACAAGCUGAGCAAGGGACAACUCAUAAAAAGCAAAGAAAAACACAGCAAAACCGAAACACGGAAUGCACAGCAUAAUUAUAAAAUAAUUGCAUUUUAUUAUAUUUUACUAUACCACAAUAUGUUGUGGCUAAAUUAUGUAACAGCAUUUACUCUUCCAUAUUUGUAACUGUGGUCGUCUCGCGUAUCGCAUUUGAAAUAUUUUACAAUAAAGUGAAAAUCAGUUAAUUUAAUAACAAA